AUGAGAGACAACAGUUUUGAGCAACGGUGUGCUAUCCGAUUUUGUUUCAAACUUGGACACAGUGCGACAGAAACUUUUCAAAAGCUCCAACAAGCAUUUGGAGAUAGUGUACUUUCAAGGGCUCAGAUUUUUAGGUGGUUUAAGGCAUUUUCUGAAGGCAGAGAGACAAUUGAAGAUGAACCUCCCAGUGGAAGACCUUCAACUGCAAAAAUUGAUGAAAACGUCAUCAAAGUUCGAGAUCUUGUCCGAUUCGAUCGUCGGUUGACGGUCAGAAUGACCGGAGAACAGUUAGGAUUGACUCACACUACCGUUUAUCAAAUUUUGACCAAUGAUUUGGAAAUGAGAAAAAUUUGUGCAAAAAUGAACGUGUCAUUACUGGUGACGAGUCUUGGAUUUUCGAGUACGACCCGGAAACAAAGCGUCAGAGUCAAGAAUGGCACACAUCAGCUUCACCAAGGCAAAAAUAGGAUAAGCAAGUCAAAAAUCAAAAGCAUGCUGAUUUGUUUCUUUGAUAGCCACGGAAUAGUCCACAAGGAAUUUGUUCCUCAAGGCCAAACAGUCAACCAACACUUUUAUAAAGAAGUUCUUGAAAAACUUCGAAAAAGGGUCAUUCGUGUGAGACCAAACAUCAAAAACACCUGGGUGCUGCAUCAUGACAAUGCACCUUGUCACACAGCCAUUUCAAUCAGCCAGUUUUUGGCAACCAAAAAUAUUCCUGUGGCCCCUCAACCCCCUUAUUCACCCAACUUGAGCCCUUGUGACUUUUUUCUCUUUCCACGAAUAAAAAUUCACCUUAAAGGACGACAUUUUGGGACACUAGAAAAUAUUCAAUCAUCUGUGACCGAUGAACUGAAAGCUAUUCCAGUAACUGAGUUCCAGAACUGCUAUAAACAAUGGAAACAUCGACUCCAGUGCUGUGUGGAUUCUCAGGGUAACUACUUUGAAGGAGACAAUGUAAAAAAGUCAUUUUAG